UCCGGAACGACAUGAUGAAGACAAGCAUUUUCAAACUAAGCAGAUAGUUACAAUUUCGCGUCAGAAAGUUACAGCGACAGUUUGACAGCAAGAAGGGUGGUCACGGUUUGAGGGUGGGUUCCCACAUCUUUUCAGCUUGCCUCAGAGUAACCUCAUCAUCCAAUGGCAUAUGGUAGUCUUCAUGACCACUAAAGACCCCUGCGUGUAGUCUUUUAUGGAGCCUGACCAGGAAAUUACUGGAUGGCUGACCAGUCUGCACCUGCCCCAAUAUGCCUCCAGCUUCGCCAAGGCUGGCUACCGUUGCUUUAAAGACCUUAGGAUCCUAACUGAGGAGAAGCUUUUUGAGGUCGACAAUAUUCCCACAGGACACCGGCGGAGGAUCCUAAGCAGCCUGGAGACCCUGAUGGUGGAAGUGGAUGGAGGUAAAGGUUCUAUGAAAGUACCCGCGAGGAGAAAGCCGAUCCCAAGACCUAGACAAGUGUUUCCCAAGGCUAAGAAGAGAGGCAUAUCUUGUCAGCAUUCUCAGGGCAGUAACAUCCAGACGACAAAGCAAACUCUUCUUUCAGGGACUAGUGUUACAUGUUACACUGUUUCCUCCAGCUCUAGCUCCGCCUCUGAGCAUGGCAGCAGCGAAUCACUGGAUAACUUUUUAGAAGAACCUAUUCCAGAUGAGAAUGAUGACUUUCCCUCAGAAGGAGCUUCUGUAGGGUUUCAGGGAGAAAUGGUUGAAAAUGAAAUAUAUGAGCAGUGCACCUUCAUUAAGGAACCCUCUGAGCUGAGUUCUACCCUCUCCUAUAAGCUACGACACAGGCCCAUUCCAGAGAUCCCCGAGCAUCCCUUCAAACCUCCUUAUGACUGGAAUGUGGCAGCAAAUAACAACAGUGACCAUCUCUCAAGGUCUGAGGGACAUGUCUUCCCCACAGGCAGUAAGAAAGCAUCACUUCAAAGGACCUUGUCCCCCAUUGCCCCAUAUGGAGAGCUUUUUCUGUACAAUUCAGCAGAAAUAGAAACGGAUUUGGGCAAUGAUGUAAUGUCCAGUCAAGGAGUAAAAGAGAACCUGGAACAACAGAAGUUAAGAAACAAGCAGACACAGAUAACAAGAAGCAAGACAAUAACACACAAUAACAAGAAGCAAGACCUUUCCAAGCAACAUUAUGUCGAUGAUGAUGAUGAUGAUGAUUACUCCACUGUACAAGAAUCCACACUUAGUCAGCGCUUGGCUAAUAAAUGCUCUUUUAAACAACCUACACCGUCUACUCUUCUCUCGAGCACUGGACCAUCAGCUUUAGCCCAGCCACAAUCAGUUGUACAAGACAUAUACAGUAUGGUGCAAGAUGACAUACCAGGCCUACUGAGACCAAACCUUCCAUCUCAAACAGAAGUUUCCAUUUCUCCCUAUGCCUGCUUCUAUGGGACCCGUACUGCAGCCACCAAAGCAGGCUGGCUAGACAAACUCUCCCCUCAAGGGAACUGUGUCUUUCAGAGAAGAUGGGUGAAGCUUGAAGGAGGAAAUCUCACUUACUACAACAGCGAUAAGGAGAUGUACUCGAAGGGCCUGAUACCUGUUUCAGCAGUUAAACAAGUUUGUGCUCUGGGUGAGAAUAAGUUUGAGGUGGUCACCUCUGUAAGAACCUUUGUGUUUCGGGCAGAGAAAGAAGGAGAGCGUCAGGAUUGGCUAGAGGUUCUCCAGUCUGCUAUGAGCUCCCAGUCCUCCAUUUCCCAUCAGCCUCGCAAAAAUAACACAAACAAGAGUGGCUACGUCGAGCUGCGUGGCCUCAAAGGAAGAGUCUACCUCAGCCUCAUGAGAACCAGCUUCAGACUCUGUAAAACAGACCAGGACUUUAAUGCAGGGCUGGCCAUCACUGUGGUGGACCUGACGGCUGCGUGUGUGAAACAAGUUGAGAGGAAAGGAUUUGAGAUCACUACACCUUUCAAAUCCUUCUGUUUCACAGUGGAGUCGGACCGUGAGAGAGAGGAAUGGAUAGAGGCAGUUCAAGAGUCCAUCGUAGAGACAUUGUGCAAUUACGAGGUGCUUGAGAAGGUUUGGUUCAACAAGUCCAACAGGAAGUGCGCCGAUUGUCAGGCUCCUGAGCCGGAAUGGGCCUCCAUCAACCUAUGUGUGGUCAUCUGCAAGAAUUGUGCAGGUCAGCAUCGAUUCCUGGGUCCUGGUAUCUCAAAGGUCCGCAGUAUGAAGCUAGACAGCAGCAUAUGGACCAACGAGCUCAUUGAGCUGUUUUUAGAUGUUGGGAAUAAAAAUUCCAACAGCUUCUGGGAAGCAAAUCUUCCCCCAGAGGAUGAGCUUUGCAAGCAGCCAUCGCCGGAGCAGCGUGCAUCCUUUAUCCGCAGGAAGUACAAAAAGAGGAAGUACAAGAAAGUUCUAGAAGGUCUAAACACUCAAGAGGAACUCAACAAGGCCCUGUGUGCUGCAGUGGUUCUCCCUGACAUCCUGCAAACCAUGGCCAUGGUUUUCAGUGGGGCGGAUGUGAUGUGUGCGACAGGUGACCCUGAGUACUCCACCCCGUAUCUACUGGCUCAGAAAGCUGGCCAGAGGCUGCAGAUGGAGUUUCUCCACCACAACAAGCUCUCAGAUUUUCCUAAGCUGGAAGCAUUAUGUGACAGCAGUUUUCCGGCUGAUGUUCCUUCUUUUAUGGAUGGAUUUCUCUAUUGCUCUGUGAACGCCAGCAAGGCCACUCUGGACCGGAAAGGAAGACCCGACAUGGUCCGCCGUUGGUGUACGUUGGAAGGUGGAUUUCUUAGUUACUAUGACAAUGAGAAGAACGCUUCACCCAUAGGCCGAGUUGACAUUAGUGACGUGGUGAGCCUGGCCAUCAUCAACACUGAGAUCAUCACCGAAACAGGGCCAGUGUUCACCUUUGAGUUGUACCUGCGCUCUCAGAAAGUGCUGGUGUUUGGAGCAGAGACCUCAGAUGCACACCAGGAUUGGACACAUGCCAUCGCCAAGUGUUUUGUCCCUGCAAGGGCAGAUGCUCUACUGAGGCAGGACAGUGAGCUUAUUGGCCGACUGCACUAUAAAGACGGUCAUGACCUUUAUCAUUGGCGAAUGGGAUGGUUUGCUCUGGUGGCCUCAGAACUCUACUUCUGUUCUGGAGAUGAAGAUGAAGAGGAGGGAGUUAUUCAACUCAAACGCCUACAGGAGCUUACUGUGUCCACUCAUAUGGAGGGUGACAGGAAGAUUCAGGUCUUACUCAUGGUCGAGAGUGGGAGAACUGUUUACAUACAUGGCAUAACCAAGCAGGACUUUGCAUUGUGGCAUUCUUCCAUCCAGCUGGCAGCUGGGACGGACGGUAUGGCUCUCGGCAACCAGCAAAUGAAUAAAAAUGAUGUUCCUAUCAUUGUGGAUAGCUGCAUUGCUUUUGUCACCCAAUGUGGUUUGUGUUAUGAGGGAAUCUACCAGAAAAACGGUGACCCGGGCCGUGUGGCCCAGCUCCUGAAAGAGUUUACCAAGAACGCUCGGGUUGUUAAACUACGGGCUCAAGACCACCGGCUAGAGGAUGUCACAGACACACUCAAGAGCUUCCUGUCUUACAGUGAAGAUGCUCUGUUGGCUAAAGAGCUGUACCCUUUUUGGAUCUCUGCCCUUGAUGAACUGGAUGAGAAGGUCCGAGUGCAAAAAUAUUCAUACUACAUUCAGAGUUUACCCAAGGUCAACAGGUCAACUCUUGGUGCUCUGCUGCAGCAUUUGUACAGGAUCCAGAGGUGCUCACAUAUCAACCAGAUGAGCACGGAGAAGCUGGCAUGUGUUUUUUCCUCGUGCCUGUUUCAGACGGAGGGACACACUGCUCAGGAGACCCGUGUGGUGGAAGACCUCAUCAACAAUUACAUCCAGCUCUUCUCUGUCAAUGAAGAGCAGGUUAGGCAAAUGGAGAAAGAAAACGGCUUUAUCGCCAGGUGGAAGGACACCACAUUCUCUCCUGCUGGUGACCUGAUAUUUGAAGUCUACUUAGAAAAAAAGCAGCCAGAGAAGUGCUGUUUAAUCAAGGUGUCUCCUAACAUGAUGUCGGACGAGCUUGCUGUCAGCACUCUGGAGAUGAAGGGGAUGGAGGUCAAAGCUCAAGAUCUCUGGACCACUUUUGAGGUCAUUGAGAAUGGAGAGAUGGAGCGGCCCUUACACUACAAAGAGAAGAUUCUGGAGCAGGUAUUGGAGUGGAGCUCUCUGGAGGAUCCCAGCUCGGCCUUCCUGCUCAUUAAGAAAUAUUCUGGUUCUAAAAUGACAGAUUCCAACUCAGAUAAACUGAAAGAUUUCAUUAAAGGAGAGCAACUCAAAUUUAAAGACGGUUCUUCCAAACUGCUGUUGGGGAAUAAGUUUCAGGACCGCUACCUGGUACUACAAGACAAAAAACUGCUGUUAUACAAAGAUAUAAAAAGUACCAAACCAGAAAGAGAGGCUCCAAUAAAGUCUGUUAAAUGUUACUUAGGGCUGCGAAGGAAGUUGAAGCCAACAAGCAGUUGGGGAUUUACUGUUUAUACUGAAAAGCAGCAGUGGUAUUUCUGCUGUAAAGGGAAUGAUUCUCAGCAGGACUGGGUCACCUCCAUUAUCAGAGUGAAGCAUGACGGUGACUUAUGGCCUAGGGACCUAAAGCAGAGCGCUUUGUUACCUUAUAACCUGAGCAGAGGAAGAACAUCCACUUACAGCACUGCAAAGACCAGCACAGCCAAACACCAGAGAGAGGCUAAAGGGAAGUCAGUCGUCAGUACAGGUUCAAAUAGACAAAACCAAAUGACCACAGAUGAGUUCAACCAACAGGACUCGAUGCAUAAAUUGGCCAGCGGUGAAGGAACUCUGUGUGUCUCGGGGCUUGAAAUGGUGAUUGAUGAGACACUCCAGUCUUCCCGUAGACUAUCAAUUCAACAAGACCCCAGCGCUCUCAGCCAGCUAUCACAAAAGAAAGCUGUGGUGCCCAGCAGAAGUGGGCAGUUGCCACAAAACCUCAUUAAUGAACUAAAUACUGUUCUCAACAAAACAGGGCACUCUCCGAAAGAAGGCAAUUAAGAGUGACAGAGACCGAAAGACAAGAGUCUUGUCUGUUGCACUUCCAUUGUGCAUGAGGGGAAAAAAAGACCCACAAAAAUCAACCCACAAAGCACUGUUGCCUCUCAGUAAAGAAGUCAGACAUACUGCAAUUUUGAUCGAGUGUUUAACAUAGAGGGACAUGGAGAGUUAGUACACGCUUAAGAAAAAUGGU